AAGCUGCCCUUGGGAUCAAAAACGGAACCGGGUUCCGGGGCCUCAGAGUUCCCGGCCGGCCAGUCCGGGCGCCGCGGUGACAGCGGGCGGAGCCGGCGCUGAUGCGGCCCCCUCCCCCUUCCUGCGCCGGGAACAGUGCAUUGUGGGAAACUCCCAGUCCUUGCAUCUGCAGCCUCCCGCCGAGGACCCGCGGAGAGCGCCCAGCACCGAGGUGGGAGCGCCAGGAGCAGCAGCGCCCAUAUAAUGCCCAGGGGUGAGCUGUCCUGAGCCGCUGUGGUCCAGCCACCUGCCUGUCCACGCACGCCUACACACAGCCUGCCAGCACUGCCCACCAUGGAGUCCAGAGGGAAGUCGGCCAGCAGCCCCAAGCCCGACACCAAGGCACCCCAGGCCGCUGCUGAAGCCAGAGCCCCCCCAGCUGCAGACGGGAAAGCCCCUUCAGCUAAGCCAGGAAAGAAGGAGGCCCAAGUGGAGAAGCAGGAGCCACCAAAGGCCCCCACCCCGCCUCCUGCCAAGAAGACCCCAGCCAAGGCUGACCCUGCCCUUCUCAACAACCACAGCAACCUGAAGCCGGCCCCCGUGGCCCCCAGCAGCCCCGAUGCAACCCCCGAGCCCAAGGGCCCUGGGGAUGGGGCCGAGGAGGACGAGGCCCCCAGCGGGGGUCCAGGGGGCCGAGGCCGCUGCCCAUUCGAGAACUUGACCCCUCUGCUGGUGGCUGGGGGGAUGGCUGUGGCAGCCGCAGCCCUGAUUCUUGGUGUGGCCUUCCUGACCCGGAAAAAAUGAUAGCUGGUGCCCAGUCGGGGGCACAGCCACUUCCUGUACAGACCUCGGGAAUUAGUGCAUGCCUGUUUCACACACAGCUAUCUAUACAUACGUACAUGCAUAAUAGGUAUACAUAUAUCCCCCACACACACGCAGAGGGAGAGAGACACGGACAGGGCCCCCGGCAGUGGAAACCAAGCCCCCUUGGCUGGCCCCCGGCGCUUCCCCCUCCUGCCUUCUGAGGCAGAAGGAGCCCAGGCUCCAGUUUACCCAGCAGCACGGGCAGAGCUCUGACCUCAGUGGGGGGCUCAGCCUGGGCCAGGGCCCCCGGGGCAGUGGAAGGAGUGGACUCUGAGUGUGGCCCACCUGCCCGCCUGCAGGCAGGUGUGUCCACAGCAGUCACACUCACGUGUGCCAGCCUGUCCCGAGAGUUCCCAGUGGUCCUGUGAGCUUCCUGGCUGCAGCGUCUUGACCAGUCCCCAGAGCAGGAGCCCCCAGGGAGGGCAGGGGUCCGGGUUGGGCUCUGACCUGGGCUCCCCCAUGGGGACAUUAAAGGGUGUGCCUCUUUCACUCUUGAUUUCUGCUCUUUGCUGGCAGGUGGGGGUCCAUCUGGGUGGCCUGAUACAGUGGGGCUGACCUGAGGCAAGCAGUCACAUUGGCGCAGCUUCCGUGCCACCUCCGCUCGUCGCCGGAGCCCUGGCUGGGUAGACAGAGAGUCCAAAGGCCAGUCUCGGUCCGGGGAGGGCCUCCUGCAGUUCACCUUCUGGCUAGUGACCCAGGGGAGCCCCUGAGGCUGGGCUACCACCCUUCCUGCCCUGAGCCCCCUCCCCAUCCUGCGGCAAUUGUCCUGGGGCAGCUGAGAGCCUGGCAGGGAGGCGGGACAUAUGGAGGACCUGCCCAGCAGCCAUGCCUGCCCAGCCCCCAAGACGACCCCACCUGCCUCACCCCGCGUCCUUUGAGUCUAACAAGCGUAUAAAUGCAAUAACAGGUAGAGUAGAACCGCUUGGUGGGUGACCGUCACCCAUGUCCACUGCCUCGAUGCACCUGCAGGGAGACUGUGCUGUGCCGUCCUUAGGGCAUCUGGUCCUAGGUUGGUCUGUGGUGCUGGCCGCGGGCAGGCUCUGGAGGGUGGUGGUGGACUCUGUGUGAGCCUGACGUGCCCUCGCCUGGCCAGCUGCCUACUGGAACCCUGGGCCUGAGUGGAGGCUGAGUCUGAAAUAAACGUUAUUGUCUAAGGCUGA